UGCUGCUGCUGUUGGUGUAGAUGGUUUGGCCGGAGUGCCCCGCUGGUCGCGUGCUAGCUCUUCCCACAUGGAACGCAGCCAUGUCUGUUCUGUUCACAGCGAUCCACGCACUUUGGUUGCCGCUGUUGAUGUUGAGGUUUGCGACACGCAAAAGUAACGGAUCCCCCUCCUCCCUUGCCUUUGCCAAGCGUUGUUGUUAUUCACUCUUUGCCUCCCCCCACCGCAACUCCUCCUUGCCUCGGAGAGCGAGAAGAGUGAGAGAGAGAGCAGAGCAAAAAUCAAAAGCAGAGCAGGGGUCGAAAAAAGGAGAGGGCGGGUGUGACGAGCGUAUAUUAUAUUCGUGUCCUCUCUUCUUUGUCUUUCUCGCUCCAGCUCCCUCUAGCAAGCACACAGGGCACCCAAGCUCGUGAGUUGCUGUGUGUGUUCAAAACUCGCUAAACGUGAGUGAUUUUUCGAUGGUCGACCUCAGGUAUCUGCAGACCAGCCCCCCCUCCCCGUUCUCCCCACUUGCAACGGGCACGACAGAGCAGGGAGUUGCUUGUUGCUUCGGGAGGGAAGGGAGAAACGAUCUUGGUGCAGCGGCGGCGGGUGGAGGGUAUGGCCAGCGAGGCCCUUGAAGAGCGUUGGCUCGAGGAGCAGACCCGGAUAGCGCGAGCCGUCGUCGACACCGACGAUGUACUGUGGACACUGGACCAACCCCCGGAACGAAAUGCCGCCACCGCCCGCCGCCCCACACCGCCGCCGCAGCAUGGGCAGACCCAGACCGAACCAAAAGAGAUGUCAUCCGCAGCAGUAGGUGGAAUGACGAAAAAUAGCGGCGACGGCAGCGGCGGCGGCGGCGGUGGAAGCCGGGACGGCGGUCCUCCCGAAACACCCCCGCCUCCGGCGAUCGUGACUAGCGCUACGCCUGGUCGGUUGCUGCGGUUGGUUGGGGGCGUAGACAUCUCGUUCGUCAAGGGGAGCGAGGAGAACGCCUGCGCGAGCCUGGUGGUCCUUGACUUCCCGUCGCUGAAGACGGUGUACGAGGCGUAUGAAAGGGUGACGAUGAACCACCCUUACAUAUCCGGCUUCCUGGCGUUUCGAGAGGUGGACCACCUGGCGCGUUUGGUUGGCCAGCUUAGGCGGGAACGGCCAGACCUAGAGCCCGACGUGGUGUUCGUCGACGGCAACGGGCGGCUCCACCCCAGGGGGGCGGGGCUGGCGUGCCACCUGGGCGUGGUCACGGGGCUCCGCACCGUGGGGCUGGGCAAGACAUUCCUGCAAGUCGACGGGCUAACCAAGGUCGACGUGCGAGAGCGUGCCAAGGUCUUGCUCUCGGCGGGGAAGCGGGAAACACCUCUUCUGGGGACCUCCGGAACGGUCUGGGGAACGGCGCUCGUGCCCAAGGAGGAAGAAGGGAAGAAGGGCGGCGGUGUGGUGACUAGCCCGGUCUUCGUCUCGAUCGGACACAGGGUUUCCUUGGAGACUUGCGUGGCCUUGACCAAGGCCGUCUGCAGGUUCCGCGUCCCAGAGCCCAUCCGGCAAGCCGACAUGCGCAGCAGAGAAGUUAUCCGGGAGUGGCUGCUUGAGCGGCGAGGAAAGGCCGAGGGAGAGACAAAAAAGGCCGAGGGGCCAUCGCCACCACCACCGUCUUCGUCGUCCUUGUCAUGAAACGAUUGACAUGAAGGGUCCACAGAUGUGAAUGGAUGCCCCCCCCCCCCCUGUGAUGUCACCGCAGAAAACAUGGGAGAGAUGUUGAUGCUUGAAAGGCAUUCGGUUUUGCAACCCCCGCCCUGCCCCGCGCUCCGCCAUCUCGAGGACCCUUGGUCAAUCGUCUAACCGCGAAGGCACGCAAAACCCUGGGUACACCCCGCCCUGCCCCUUGCGGAUGUGGGCCGGCGGCGGCGGCGGCAGCGGCGCAACACGAGAAAAGGGAGUGCUGGUCGGCGGGCGGUCAAGCAGAAAGAGAUCGUGCGGCGACACAAACGUUUUCUUCGAAAUGUCGCACGAAGCGAAAGUGUAGCUCUUUCCGGGAGGCGAAGAUGAGGGU